CAGCGGCUCGUACCCGCUGUCGCUUGGGCGGAAGGCGGAGCAGCGGCCGAGCAGCGGCCUGGAGCGAAGCCCCCGCCGCGGGACCCGCGGGCCGGGCCGAGGCGCCGGGCACACGCUGCUGCUGGGCUCAGGCUGCUGCUGGGCCCGGCCGGCGCAGGGACGCGGGCUCUGGCAGCGCAGCGACAGGCUCCGAGCGAGGACAAAAACGAGCGGAGAGGACCAGCAGCCGAUGAGCAGAGGGAGGCUCGUGUGACGCCUGGCGCCUCGGCUGGCAGCGCCCCGACACGAGACCAUGUCCCACGCCCUGAAGCAAGUGUUCAAUAAAGACAAAACCUUCCGGCCCAAGCGCAAGUUCGAGCCGGGGACGCAGCGGUUCGAGCUGCACAAGAAGGCUCAGGCCUCGCUCAACGCCGGGCUGGACCUGAAGCUGGCCGUGCAGCUGCCCCCGGGCGAGGAGCAGAACGACUGGGUGGCCGUGCACGUCGUGGACUUCUUCAACCGCAUCAACCUGAUCUACGGCACCAUCAGCGACUACUGCACCGAGCGCUCCUGCCCCGUCAUGUCCGGCGGCCCCAAGUACGAGUACCGGUGGCAGGACGAGCACAGGUACCGCCGACCCACGGCCCUGGCUGCCCCCCAGUACAUGAACCUCCUGAUGGACUGGAUCGAGGUGCAGAUCAACAACGAGGACAUCUUCCCCACCAACGUCGGUACUCCCUUCCCCAAGAACUUCCUCCCCGUGGUGAAGAAGAUUCUCUCGAGGCUCUUCCGUGUCUUUGUCCACGUCUACAUCCACCACUUUGACCGGAUCACGCAGAUGGGCUCCGAGGCUCACGUCAACACCUGCUACAAGCACUUUUACUACUUUGUGAAAGAAUUCAAUCUCAUAGACACCAAGGAGCUGGAACCACUGAAGGAAAUGACGUCCCGGAUGUGCCACUGAGCCCAGACCUCGGGGUCUCUGCCAGAGUCCCCCUCCUGCCUUGGAGAUGUGAUUCCAGGGGAGAACAGAGACGUUUUCUUAAAGAAAUCUCUAUAUUUUUGAUGAGUUUCAAUGUAAAACUGUGACACUGCAGGAAUAUUUUUGUAAAGAUGCUCUAGAUAAACUAGUUUUUUAUAGUAAUUGCUAUAAAAAAGAGAAGGAGCUGCUGCAGGCCCUUGGUGGAGGUGCUGCUCCUGGAGGGGGGAAGAGCCUCUUCCCCAUCCCCUCACUGCAGCAGCACCACAGGAGCCGAGCCAGGGGCUCCAGAGCCGUGUCCUGUGGCCGGUGCUGCCAUGGCAGAGGUACUUCCCCCAGACACCCGUGUCCCACCCGUGCAGGGAGGCUAUGUGGGGAUGGGGGAGAUGCUGCUGCAGGUGGAUCCCCUGGGGUGCUCUUGGGCUCCAGCACCUCCUCCCCUGCCUGUGAGUCCGCUGGUUUUUUGGACAGAGCUGCUUUUGUGCUCACCUUCCACUUGGCAUCCUGUCCCCGAGGCUUGGGCCCCUGGCAGCCGCUGCACCGGGGCUGAGCUGGAGCGCUGCUCUCAUGAAUCUGCUCCUGCCUCGGACACUGAGCUGAGCUGCUCCUCAGCUCUGGCUGCAGCAGCCCCACAGCAGCAGCAUGAGGCCAGGCAGACCUGUCCCUCGUGGGUCUGAGCAGAGGGACGGUGCUGGGACAGGCGUGGGGAGGUCUUGAGCACCUCCACCACCCACCCACCGCCCCCUGCGGUACGCUGACCCUGCUCAGGAGGGACUGGGCCUCUCCCCUCACCUCCUGCCUGUGCAUGGACCCUUUUCUGCUUCCCCUGAGGGUCCCUCUUCUGCACCCAUCUGGUAGCCACUGUCUGCUGGGCUACUGGCCUGGGCUGCUGCUCCACCAGCAGCUCCACAGCGUGCCCCGAGCUUGGCCGUGGGAGGUGGCCUACCCCGAGCUAGGGAGGUAGGUCUGCCUCGGGUCUGAGGGGAGGGGAGCAGUGUUUACAGGGAGGGAAAAGGAUUCUCUGAACAGUGACCAAACUCUACCACUAACCACAUCUUCCUUCCAAAGUGUUUCUGUGCCCUGGAAUCUCUGUACAUACGUUGACUCGUUUCUUACGCUGUCGUUAGGGCCCUCGUACAAACACCACGAUAGUCCUCUGGAAUGGAACCAAUAAAUUAUGUCAUAUUUACAUA